AUGGGCGGUCAUGACUAUACAGAUAAUUUGAAGGGCGUUCAUGACAGCGUUACCAAUAUGUCUGCUAAAAUUGAAUCCCUCCUUCAGAAAAUUACUGACGAUCUUGCAGCAAAAGAAACAGCCAGAGAGGAGAAAAAACUUGCUCGUCAGGAAGAGACCGAUGCUUUAACAAAGAGUUUGACAGAGGGUCUAGCUAAGACUUUUGAAUCAGCUCUCACAAAUUCAAUACGCUCUGUCCUUGAAGAGUUUCUACCUAAACAGAACACUGAAGGUGAAGGUUCUGGUGCUCCACCCAAAGCACCUCAUGUUCGUACUGGUCUACUUGACACUCCUCGUCCUCCACCAGUGCAGUUGAAGUUUCCUGUGUUUGAUGGUGACGACCCAGAUGGUUGGAUUUUCCAGGCAGAUCAGUAUUUUCUUUGGCAUUCUAUUGCUAAUAAUUUGAAAGUAAAUUUAGCUGCUGCUCAUCUCAAAGGUGAGGCUAAUGCUCGGUUCAGGUGGAAACGAACUCAACAGCAGAUUCUUACAUGGGUUACGUUUUGUACUCUUCUUCGUGAAAGAUUUCAGAAAACAUUUGUGGAUCCGAAAAUCGCAAUUUGUACAAUUAAACAAAAGGGUUCAGUUAAAGAUUUUCUUCCUGAAUUUGAACAUCUUCUCAACUUUGUGGAUUUUGAGGAAAGACAUUUAAUUAACCUUUUUAUUCUUGCUCUAAAACCAGAGGUUGGAAAUAUGGUUAAGUUGUUUGAACCUACAACUUUGUCUUCUGCUUUUAAGAAAGCACUCAAUCAGGAUGAAGUCUUGUUGUCUACCAGACAUGCAUGGCGGUCAAGACAGCAUACUGUUUCUACUCCUCCUCAAUUUCGAAAACCUUCUCCACCUAUGGGUAAGAAACUGCUUACAGUGGAAGAACAAAGAGAACGUCAAGCCAAAGGCUUAUGUUUCAACUGUGAUGAACAGUACACGCGAGGGAAUGUCUGUGUUCAGCCGCGAUUAUUGGUUUUAGAGGUGGAUUCCUCCGGAGUUGAUGACAGGGAGGUCUUAUCAACUGAAGAUAACACUGAGGAUGAUUUUACAACUGCAGACACUUCUCAGGAUCAGGUUCAACCUACCAUCUCUUUACAUUCUUUGCUUGGUUCUUCGUUUCCUAAGACAAUGCGCUUGGACGGCUACACCAAAUCUCAACCUCUUCGUGUCCUAAUCGACUCUGGAUCUACGCAUAAUUUUUUGCUUCCAAGAUGGGCUAAGCAUUGUGGUUAUUCCAUCCAUUCAGAUGUUACAGCUUUGCAGGUCACAGUUGGUAAUGGUACUCAAAUACCAACUAAAGGAUGUUGUCUGAAUGUGCCAAUUACACUUCAAAAUCACUCUUUCACCACAGAUUUUCAUCUUUUAGAGAUUGGGGGUUAUGAUGCUGUGUUAGGAGUUCAGUGGCUACGAACAUUGGGCCCAAUCAUGUGGGAUUUCUCCAACCUCACAAUGCAGUUCACAGUAAAAAAUACAGCCGUCUAUUUACAAGGGAGUAAUUGCUCAUCAUUCAUGUUGAUGGAUUCUGUUCCCAUGCAACAAUUACUCUGUCGUGAAAGUUAUGAUGUUCUGUUCCAACUGACCGCAGUAAAUGCUUCAAUUAAUGAUUCCGGUUCAACUACUAGUACCAAUUCACCAGCUUUACAAGAAAUUCUUUCUCAAUAUGCUGAUAUUUUUACUACACCAACCACAUUACCUCCUGAACGACUACAGGAUCACCGCAUUCCUUUGGUGUCAGGUGCUACUCCAGUCAACAUAAGACCGUACCGCUAUCCAUAUUUCCAAAAGGCUGAAAUAGAGAAAAUAGUUUCUGAACUACAAGACUCUGGCUUUAUUCGACACAGCAACAGUCCCUACUCUUCUCCAAUAUUAAUGGUACACAAGAAAGAUAAUUCAUGGCGCAUGUGUGUCGAUUAUCGGGCAUUGAAUAAACUCACUGUGAAGGACCGUUUUCCGAUUCCGAUGGUUGAUGAGUUACUAGACGAAUUGCAUGGUGCUGGGGUAUUUACAAAGCUCGAUUUGCGAUCCGGGUAUUACCAGAUUCGAGUUCACCCUGAUGACAUUUCUAAGACAGCCUUCCGCACUCAUGAUGGCCAUUACGAGUUCCUUGUUAUGCCGUUUGGUCUGUCUAAUGCACCAUCAACCUUUCAAGGGCUCAUGAAUUUUAUCUUCAGAGCUUAUUUAUGA